GAUGCUGAUAUAUUGGACAUAGAAAGCAAACACUUUGAAGACCUGGAAUUUCAGCAGCUUGAACAUGAAAGCAGGUUAGAUGAAGAGAAAGAAAACCUGACGCAACAGCUCCUGCGUGAAGUAGCUGAAUAUCAGCGUAGCAUUGUCAGUAGAAAGGAAAAGAUAUCUGCUCUCAAAAAACAAGCCAAUCAUAUUGUCCAACAAGCACAAAGAGAACAGGAUCAUUUUGUAAAAGAGAAAAACAACUUAAUAAUGAUGCUGCAAAGGGAAAAAGAAAAUCUCUGUAAUCUGGAAAAGAAAUAUUCCACGCUUUCUGGAGGAAAGGGAUUUCCUGUCAGUCCCAAUAGUCUAAAAGAGGGCUAUAUCAGUGUAAGUGAAAUUAGUGAGCUGUAUGGCAAUUCCACGAAUAUAUCCCCUUCCACUCAGCCCCCCACAGAUGCUGAAGCAGUUGCCACUGAGCCUUCCACGGCUGUGCUGACGAGCCAGCCACAAAAUAAAGAGCUAAGAUCACCUCUCUGUUCUGGAUUUGUGUUUCCUCACUCUCUUUCUCCUCGCUCUAUUGCUCAACUUCCAUCAGUCCAUUGGCCUGAGGUCAUGGCUACUCAUGUAGAUCCUAUUCCUUUAUCUGAUACACCUCCACCUCUGCCAGCUAAGAAACACCGCAGGCAACAACAGCAUUUCAGAAACCUGGAAGAGCGCAAGAAGCAGCACAGGGAAUGUGUGUACAUGAGCGAUACUUUACCUCGCAAGAAAACGGCUCCGUCUGUGUCACCGCACUUCAACAGCGCGACGCUGGGACGAAGCGUUGCUACUACUAAAGGACAUUUACCAUUAGGACAGAGCAACAGUUGUGGCAGCGUCCUUCCUCACUGCCUGGCAACCAUGACCAAAGAGUCAGAGUCGAGAAGGAUGCACAAAGGAGCAAUUAGUCAUUCCAAAGGUUCGAGUACGAAAGGGUACAACCAUCAGCGUGUCUGUGAAAACCAAAGGCAGAAGUCUCCUGAAUUCUACAGCAGAACAGCAUCCGAGUCAAAUGUGUAUUUGAACAGUUUCCAUUACCCAGAUCGCAGUUACAAGGACCACGCCUUUGAUACGUUAAGCUUGGACAGUUCUGACAGUAUGGAGACAAGCAUAUCAGCAUGCUCACCAGAUAACAUUUCCAGUGCUAGCACUUCAAAUGUUGCAAGAAUAGAAGAGAUGGAGAGACUUCUGAAACAAGCACAUGCUGAAAAGACUAGGCUGCUUGAGAGCCGGGAACGGGAGAUGGAAGCUAAAAAACGGGCUCUAGAAGAAGAGAAGCGCCGCAGAGAACAACUGGAGAAAAGACUGGAAGAAGAAACUAGCCAGAGACAAAAAUUAAUUGAAAAGGAAGUCAAAAUACGUGAGAAACAAAGAGCACAGGCCCGUCCCUUGACUCGCUAUUUGCCCAUUAGAAAGGAAGACUUUGACCUCCGAAGUCACAUUGAAACAGCCGGUCACAACAUAGAGACCUGUUACCAUGUCUCCCUCACAGAGAAGACCUGCCGAGGCUUUCUGAUUAAAAUGGGAGGAAAAAUUAAAACAUGGAAAAAACGAUGGUUUGUUUUUGACAGAAACAAGAGAACAUUUACUUAUUAUGCAGACAAACAUGAAACUAAAUUAAAAGGUGUAAUAUACUUUCAAGCUAUUGAAGAAGUCUAUUAUGAUCAUCUAAAGAAUGCAUAUAAGAGUCCCAACCCGUUGCUCACUUUCAGCGUUAAGACACAUGACCGGAUAUACUAUAUGGUUGCUCCUUCACCAGAAGCCAUGAGGAUAUGGAUGGAUGUUAUUGUUACAGGCGCAGAAGGCUACACCCACUUCAUGUUAUAA